AUGAUAUUGUCGUGUUCUUAUGUAACAUUAAUAUUUACAACAUCAACUUUAGCGUUUGUUUCUGUUAAAUCUAAAGAUUUAACAAUUCUUGGUAGUAAAUUAAGGACAGCUUUUGAAAAUAAUGAAUAUGUAGCAUUUUAUGAUAUUCCUUACGCCAGACCAGCGGUAAAUGAACGGAGAUUUAAGCCUCCUGGAGAAUAUAAACCUAUAUCAAAUUACGGCAUACAUGACUACCGCAAAGCUCACAGAGAAACGAAGAGAAAUAUUGAAGAUUGUUUAUAUUUAUCUAUUUUUAGACCAAUUAGCAAUAACAAAACAGAAAAUUUUCCUGUCUUAGUUUGGACAAACGAACUCGCAAAUGAACAUGGACCCGAUUUCUUUAUCGACGAAAAAGUUUUAGUAGUCACAGUAUCAUUUCGAUCAUCUAUUUUUGGUUUCCUCAACACCGAAGAUGACUUUGCUGAAGGAAACAUGGGAGCUAAGGACAUGUUAACUGCACUUAAAUGGUUGCGCGAUAACAUAAGUCUUUUUAAUGGUGAUCCUAACAGAGUUACGAUAAUUGGUUCCGGGAUUGCAGCUACUGUUGUUGCAUCGAUGUUGCUAUCUGUAUCAGCUGAUGAUUUGUUUAGACGUGCUGUAAUAAUUGAUGGCAGUGCGUUAUCACCGGCCGAUUACAGACCGUAUAAUUUUGAAGUUUCUAAUAAAUUAUAUUGGAAAUUAAAGGGCCGAUAUAAUAAGUUUAAUCGAACACAAUUAUAUGACCUUCUUCUGAGUUCAUCCACUGAAACGUUACUAGGAUGCACAAAUCUUUACGAUAGUACUGAGAUUAGAGAUACUCAAAGAUUGAUUAAUACAUUUAGCUGCGGUAUAGAAAAAUCGUCGAAGAAGGCCUUCAUGAAUAAAUCUCCUUUGACAGUAUAUGAUAGAAAAUUUGCAAAUAAUAAUGUCGAAGUAAUAUUUGGUUAUAGUACCUUAUAUUCUUUAUAUAAGUUAAAGGGAUUGGCUAAAAAUCGCAAAUUAUUAAUAUAUUUAAAUUAUAAUUUCCAAUAUUUACUACCCUUCGAGGGGAGACCUGACAAAUACAAUUCAAAAAGAUUUUCUUAUAAAGGAUCAUUAAAUAUUGGAUGGCAAUCAUCGGUGCCGAAUUUAGAGUGGUCUGGGGCGACGUUAGGGGAUGAAAUCUGCUAUCUAUUCAAAUGUAAAUCUGGAGCAGAUAGCUAUAAAAGCCUUAAAGCCUCAGAUGAAAGACUGUUCAUUAGGAAAAUUGUCAGAUUAUUUGGAAAUUUCGCUAAAUACGGAAAUCCUACUCCUAAUCGUAGUGAUAAUGAUAACAUUUUGGGCACUUUAGUAUGGACGCCUGUAAGAGGAAAUGAAAAAUUACAAGCAAUGAAUUUAGGCCGACAUUUCAAAAUGAUCGACGUGCCUGAAUAUGAAAGAAAAUUUUUUUGGGAUCAAUUAAAGAAUGAGUACUUUCAGGAUUAU